AUGUCAUCAGAUGAUAUAAAAAUAGACGAGGUAGACCAAGUGGAAGAAAUAGAAUACGAUGUUGACAAGAUAAAGAUGCUCCCCGGUGCAUCUGAAGAUGGAUCGUCAGCAUCAUUCCAGAUAUUGGAAGAAGACCAUACGUUGGGUAAUGCUUUACGUUAUAUCAUCAUGAAGAACCCCGAGGUUGAAUUUUGUGGGUACAGUAUACCACAUCCUAGUGAGAGCAAAAUGAAUAUCAGGAUACAGACGUAUGGCAACAUUUCCGCUGUGGAAGCUUUGCAUCAGGGAUUGGAUAACUUGGCUGAGCUUUGUGGAGUUGUUGAGGAGAAGUUUGAGCAAAAAUUGAAGGAAGGAGAUUAUAGCACCGAGGCACCUUGA